AUGAGGUGGGUGUCUUAUCAGUCCAACAUCUACAAGUAUGGGCUUGUGUUCAUGUGCGCCGCGUCGUUGCUGGCGUUGAUGAACGACGGCGGUAGCACCAAGGAGAGUUGGGACUGGAUGCGCCAGCAGUACGACCUCCGGCAGGCGAAGAAGAUUCAGUAG